AUGUCACGCAACAUACGUCAAAAAUAUCCUGCCAAGACUGCCAGAACGGCGUCUAAGCGACGAGGCUCAGAUACCUCGUCCUCAUUCGACUUGUCCGACGAUGAUGGCUACUCAGCCGUCGAGGACAUUAGCGACUCUUCCGAUGACGAUGAGGAAGAUGUCGAUGCGGUCGAGGAGAGGAACAUUUUAAUAGAAGCCAAGCCCUCUCAGUCUCCUCGACCACAAUCCGACAGCGAUAAUGACGAUGACCAAGACGAGAACAAUGAAGACGAUGAUGACGAUAAUUACGACUACAGCCACCCCGUUGUAGACCCAGAUGCGGAUGAGAGCACCAGCUGGGCUGGUAUUGUCUCCGAGGUAGAUGAAAGUCAGGCGUCUGACUUUUUGCAUGACCCGUCAUUAGGCUCUGAUGCUGCUGUGGAACGCCAUGUUCGUUUUGAUGUCCCGUCGAGCGACUCAGAUUCUACCGACACGGAUGAUGAUGAUGACCAUGGUGACUUGUUUCCCGACAUUUUUGUAUCACAAACAGCCCUUGAUCCCGCUUUUCGCCGUGAAAUAGAACAUGACCCAGAUGAAUCGUCGGGAUCAGGGUCUUUCUGGGACUACCAUGGCCAGUAUGAUCAGCAAAACGCGGACGACUCUGAUGCCGAGGAGGUCAUUCGUGAGCUCUCUGACAACGAGACCCCAACUGCCACGCCCAGACUGCCCCAGAUUGAAACAUCUCCUUCCAAGUUCACUCCUGCUUUGGAGGAGUCCCUAGAGCUUGAUGGAUACGAAACUGAUGGUGAUACCACCGAGGAAGACAUUCCGGAUCCACCGAUUCGAAGAAGGACUCGCCGUCCUUCUGUACCCAUGAGUGAAAUUUCUGACUCGGAUGUCCCCUCGCCAAUCAAGACUCAGCGUGGUCAACCUCGUGUUGGGCGUUUCAAUCUCGACCGCUCAGAUAAGAAGCCGAUUGCGGUCUUGAACCCUCUCACGCGCAAAAUGAUGAUUUUCACUCCUCAUCGUCGUCGCCAGCUUGACCUCUCACCUGAACAGUUCAACUUGCCCUGGGCCCUAGAAGAGCAGUCAUCUCCCAUCCUCAGCAAUUCUGCCAACAUGAUGCUCAGCGCCAUGUUCUCGUCCAACACCUUUGGUGAUUUUGUUAACCCUCAAACCAUGGGCCCCGCCGAAGCCUUCUUCCCAUUUAAUUCAGAGGCCGGCACGGCCGAUGAAAGCUCGUCAGCUAGUAUCCAAGGCGAAGAAGACGAGGCCGAAAAGAAGCUCGACAUUAGCGAUUUCAUUACGUGGGAUGAUGGCGAGUCGUCUGGUGAUGAAGGCAACGACGGUACAUGGGAGCCUUCUUCCACGCCAAUGAGACCUACGACAGCCUCGAGCGAGCGCGAAAUACUGUCGCAUCUUAAUUCAGAUACUGUUGGCGCUUUUCGACGCAAUCAAAUUAACCAGCAGCUGAUCUUGAGCAACAAGGCCACCCAAGAUUCGCUCGCUUUUAGCGGUCCUUACAACUACUCGGCUAUUCGGGGCCUCAAGUCGGAUCGUUUUGAUACGGCAGGCAUCCCCUUGACCCCGAUCCGACGCCAAAAGAAGCAUGCGAGCGAUACGACGCGCAGUCCGUUGGAGUCUGUUUCGGCGAAGCGUAAGGCUUCUGGUGAGGUCGGCAACGGCCACAAGAGACACAGAAGCAUAUCUGAUGUCAACUUUCUCAGAAUAUGA